GAAGGCGUCAGAAAAAGGACGACUUGAUUGCUUGUGUGCCAUUAGAUGAAGACGGCGAAAUGCAUCGUUUGGUGCCAUACGAAAAGCUGUCAAUGGAAAUUGCAUUAUACUGGCAAUGCUUGACCGAGUUUUUGCAAGCGGAAUUGGCAGAGGAGCACGAUUUAAUAGUGCCCGAAUUGAGCACAUUCUGUACAUAUGUGGAGAAAUUCUGCCACCAACAGAAACCGGAUAUGGACAAAUUCGAACUCAUGGAAUUUCAAUACAAGCUACUGUCACUCACUGAAAUGCUGUACACAUUCGAUUUGGGUGACGAGAUCGGUCGUGGUAAUCUGCAAAAACUGCUGGCAUAUCUGUUGAAAACAUUCCGUCUGGAUGAGAAAGUGAUAGAAAUGAUAGUGCGYUGCACGGAAAAUCUAAUAACUGAUCAAAAUGCGCGUAUACAAUUUAUUGUGGAAAUUGUACAAGAUAUAUGCGGUUUGAAUAAUAGGCAGAAUGAUCUAUUGCAUGAUCGCACGUUAAUUACCGAAUUAUUAGCGACCUCUUCGAAUGCCGAUUUAAAUUUGAAAUUAUCGUCACUGAAAGUGAAAAUUCUGGAUUUGGAAGAACAAGAAAUGGAUUUUGUAAAGCAAAAAGAUUAUAUGCGUGCGCAACAAACAACAGAAGAGAAGCUCGCCGCUACCGAAGAGUAUACAAAUUUACUGCAACCGCUACUGGAGAAUCAUCCCAAUGCUGAUGCGUUAAAGCGCCCGUUACAGUUGCGUAAAAUAUUGAAACCCGAGUGCAUAUUGAAAAGCUUGCAAAUUGCCUUCCACAUGGUAGUUUCGCCYAAAGUACGUUCGCUUAAUCCGAGCAUUUUGAAACUGUAUAAUGAUUUUAUAUGUCGCCAUCUUGCCUCGAAUCAAAUAGCCAUACGUGAUUGGGCGCUGAAAUGCGGUACUGCCUGCAGUAUGCUGUAUGAGGUGUUGGCUAAGGAUGUAUUCGAAGAGUUGUAUUCACAAUUUUUCAAAAAUCACAAUAUACGUAUAUGGGAGACCUCGAUAACGUGCAUUUUUGAGCUGCUGGACAGAUACGGUUUGGAUAAUUUUGCUAAACAAGAGUCGCAAAACAAAACGAAGAAAAGCGGCCGCCAGCUUUACAACACCUUGGAAUUUUUGGAUACCGAAGAUGAUUCCAAUGUGCUAAACGCCGGUCAGGGUGUGGACGUCAUCUACAUGAUGUCACAUUUUCUCGACACAUGCGAUGACACUUGCAUCGUUAGCGCCAUCAUUGUUGGCUUCUGCCGCCUCAUAUUGCGCGGCUACAUCAAGUCCAGCGAUAUCAUUGAGAAACUGCUGCUGCGUUAUUUUAAUCCCAGCACAGAUGCAAAUAUUAACCAAAUUUUGGGCGUUUUUCUGGAAAAUCUCAUACAGUGCAAACGGCACGGUCUGCUACAACCUUGCCUGCUGCCCAUGUUGACAACCGUGCUGAGUGCGCCUUAUGAGAAUCCACUGCACGAAAUACGGCCCGAAACCAUAACGCGCUUCAUCAUAGACUCCACACGACAGGAGAGUUCGCCCAUAACCGACGGCUGGAUACACAAUAAAAUCGCACAGACCAUCCUACAGGAGAUGCUGAAUAAUUUGACUAAUAAGGACUUGUGCAAACUCUUGGCCAAAGAACUGAUCACUCUCGAGUUGAGUGUCACGCAGAAUGAGCAGCUCAAGCGCGAAUUGAAAGAAACCGCCGAUAAGUUGAUAAAGGCUGAUCUUGAUCCGCGAAGUGUCAAGCUUAUCAUAGACUUCAAAGACCUGGUUGAUGGCACUUAUAAUCCAACACGCAAGUCUGCUGCAAUUGAUUCUGAGGGCGAAGAGGACAGCAACGAUGAAACGGAGAAUGACGCGACUAAUGACAACGACACAGCAGGCUCAAAUACUGCACGCGGCAAAACGGCGGUGAGCGAAAAGAUCGAUGAGCCAAUGCGACAACCGCCACCUGACGGCAACGAAAGUGCCGCCAACCUAACGGCGGACGUUAAUGCUGUUGCUGCGGCUGCCGAGGCUGUGCCAGAGGCCGUUACUUCUAGCGAAGAAAUGCCCACCGCUGCGUCGGAAGCGCCCACAGUCGCCCAGCAAGCAACCAACGAUGGCAGCAUAAUAACGAAAGAUAUCUCACCUUCGGCGCGUGUGCCGACCACAUAUGGACGCGAGAAUCGCGUGGGCCAUCGUUAUCUGCGCAAAUCGUUGAACUCAACACGCGGCCAAUCGGACAGCGAAGCGGGCGAUGGACCGCCACGCUCACCGAAGAUACGCAUUGAGGCACGCAUAGAUUCCGAUAAGAAAUCGGAGCAACAACCAGCACGUGAAGAGCACCAGGUGCGCAAUACGCGGGUUAGACGAAACCUACGUUAUGCCGAGAAGAAUACCGAGGCGCAGGAGGCAGUCGUUGAAACCGCCAAGGAUGCGACAAAAGUGCGUAAUAAACGACGUGCAAACCUUCCCACACUUGUUGUAGACGACGACACCGAUUCAAAUUCAAAAACCAACAGCAAUGCGGACGCUCAGAACCAUGCCACAACGACGCGCAACACCUCAAGUCCAGCUAAGCGGCAGACAAAGGAGAGCAGUAAACAGCACGCCGUGGAGCAGUCAGCGACGAAAACGGAUAAAGCAGAGAAAGCAAAAGAUGCGAACCCAGAGCAGUCUAAGGCGCAGCCAAAGGAGCAAGUGCGUACGCGCGCAAGAGAACAGGAAAAGGAGCGAACGCCGUCGGCGCUGCCAACAAGGCUGCAGUCGCGUGGCGCCACCAGAAGCGCCGCCAAAACCAACGACGCUGAAGAGCUCAAUACAUCCGAGGUCGUACCUGCUUCACCGCCGGCGGCGCUGUCACCGCGCACAAUCGUACGUCGUCAACGACGCGCCGGUGGUGGCGAUAUAUCCGUGGCAAAUCUAACGGACACACAACGUCGUGCAACACGAAGCCAAUCGGCGCAAUCGGCGCCAAAUCAAGACUCCGAAACUGCGGAAGACGAGGCUGGAGACCGAGCUGACAAUGCAAGCACCAGCAUCACUGCCAUCAGCUCCACCAAAGCCGCUACGCCAGCACGCGCUAGCCUAAAGCGAACCUUCUGCUCCACACCCAAGCUCACUGGCGCCACUUCUGCCAAAGAAAUAUCUACUUCACCUCGUUCGGAACCGCCGCUUUUAAAGYGUCUUCGUGCUGGCACGCCAGCUAAGCAACRGACACGGUCGCGCAGAGGCAACACUUCGUURCCGCCKAGCGAGCCAAUCGAAGAAAUUACAACAAAAGAAAGCAGCACCAAAGUGGUCCGACAAACACGCAGAAAAGGGCGACAGCGUUCGAUUUCGCUUUCAUUAACCAAGACGGAGAAAAAGGCUGAAGCGACGAGACGGUUCGCUGGCGCGAAACCGAGCAACUCAAGUGAUUUGAUGAAUUUGCCUAGAAACACCGACUCCGUUACGCGCACACGAUCCGCUACACGUGCCGCUUCSUUAACACGCRCCCAUGCCGCCGCGCUUCGUACACGAGCGGCUACGCGAUCGAGCCUUAAUAAUGGCGCAGAAGCUGGUGAUAAAUCUAUAACGCGUACAUCGUCCGCAACGCGCGYGGAGGCUAUCGAAACCAUAAAAUCCAAAACGCGUGUUGCUGAGGAUAAGUCCGACGAAAGUGCGCCGUGCGCUGAAGUGAUUACCGAUAUUGCUACCGUAACGAGCGCGGUAACAGACGCGGCGGCUGUUUCAAAAAAGCACGCCRAUUCCUCAAGUGCCGACGAUGAGCACGACAGCGCGCCGAAGGAAAAACGGCGCAAAAGCGACAAUAAUAAAAGUGGCGGCAGCGGCAUGUUGAUGCUUCGUCGCAUAUCGAUAAGUGCCGGUCAAUUGGRCGAUGCCGGCGACACUAGUGAGAAUGAAGCCGCUAGUAAAGUUCCGCAGCGUAGGCGUUCAUUGCGCGACAAAAGCGSCGCUGAUUCAGGUAAGGACGCGCCAACAACGGCUGCAAGUAAAGCACAGCAACAACGCAGUAAGAUACCAGUACGCGCUUCAAAAAGCAACGUUAUGAAGACACGUCAUGCCGCUCAUCAAGUCGCCUCGUCGCUGGUACUGGCACCGAAAGCGGUCGAGUCCAACUCGAGCAGCGGUAGUGGCAGUUCCAGCACAGAAGAAGCUAUGAGAACUUUGGGCGCCGUUCUAWUGCGCAAGCGCGCGCUCACCACCAAAGCGACACGCAUCAACCUGGCGCAGCGCACCAAGGGCAAUCCAGUGCCGAUGGAGCUGGCGCGUCCGACGCGUUUACGCGYGCCCGCCAGCAGUUUACCGGCGCCGAAUUUGAGGUCGAAGAGGCGUUAAGCAUUACUAAAUUACACACAGCCACUUACACAUACACAUUCAUUGGCUAGCUAGCAUAAUUUUUAUAUUUUCUACACUUUCCUUAUACAUUGUA